CAAUUCACAUUUUGCAUAUCAAAAUCCAAAAACCAAGUAAAUCAAGUUGAAGAAAGAAAUUUUUGCACUAAUUUUUUAAUAUUUUUAACAAAGAAAUAAAAGCUAUAAUUAGCCAAAUAUGCAACCGGACAAAUAUACUGAUUUGGUUAAACAAUUAGAAGAUGAAGAAUUAGAGUCCUGCAUAAAUGCGGAGCAAUAUAUUCAACUCCUUGCUGCUUAUUUGUAUCAAGACGAUUUAUCAAAUGCAAAAUAUCUGUGGAAACGAAUACCGCAAAGCACCAAAACCGGCAACAAAGAACUCGAAAAACUUUACACCUUGUGUUUGGCUCUAAAAAACAACAACACUGCAGACUUUUUCAAGGCUAUCUCAUUCAACUGGUCACCAGCUAUAAAAGAUCUUAUGACAGAUCUUGAAGAAAAAAUACGACAAGAUGUCUUCACUUUAGUCGGGAAAUCCUAUACGUAUAUUUACGAGAGCAAGUUAAUGGAAUUAACAGCUCUUCCCCAAGAUCGACUUAGACAGACUUGCGAAUCAAUGGAAUGGAAGAUGGAACAAGAUGCUCAGCAACAGACUUUGGUUGUUCCGCAAGUCAAGGUUAAGGCUGAACCCAUCAACACACCGUCGGAAGAUCUUUUGUAUACCCUAACUGAGUUUGUGUCUUUCCUGGAGAAUUAAUAA